GAGCGCUUCCGUAGGUCACUAUUGUUUGGAAUUGCGACUGUUGAAGGACCUGCCUAUUUACAUCUCAGAACUUUUGACAUCUUAACGCAACCGUCUAGGCCAUAAUUGUCAUGUCGGCAGGCUCUUCUCAUGGUACGGCGCCAUCAGCAGGCACUCCAAGGUCACUCGACAUCCUUCUCAGGGACUUGGAAAAGCGAUUUGGAAGAAGCGCCGAUGGAGAGUAUGCAAAGAACUUCAAGAACCGAAGUUAUGCCACCAGCCUCGAUGACCUCGAUAGCAACGACGACGGUAAGCCUGCGCUACCUUACGUAGUAGGCGCUACAUUUGUUGCUCGCCGUCAUGAACCACCUGCGCCUUUCGGUUUUGGCUACGAUACUCCUUGGCCGCCUUACAAGACAAACGAUUUCCGACUACCGCAGAUCGACUACUGUCUGAUUCGACAGCCACUCGAAGGUCGUACACUUGAUGAGUCUCGCGUACUCACGAUUACGGGCACGAUACGUACUGGGUGUUCCUUCGGGGCUCAGGUCGUUGUCGUCAACGGAAAUAUAGUGGCGAAGAUAUACGACCCGCUAUACGACGCUGGAGGUGAUUGCUAUGACAACAAGCGCGACGUCGUUUGGCUAGCCGACGGAGACUAUUCACGGGAAACUGCCGCAUACGAGGAAUUGCUAGCAAGCUCCGAUACAUUGAGUCUGGUUCCGGAGUACUACGGGAGCUGGACAAUUGAAGUACCUACGAAAGUGGGCGAUCAGACAUUCACACGACAUGUCCGCCUCAUACUAGUGCAGCAUAUCAAGGGAACCGUCAUGAGUACUGUCCAGCCUCAGUUGCUCUCUCGACAAACACGUUCGGCGAUAAUGAAGAAAAUCUUAGAAGCUGAAUCUCUCAUCUUCAACGCUGGUGUCCUGCACCGCGACAUAUCGCCCCGCAAUAUUAUGCUCGUCCCCCUAGCAUCAAACGUCUCGUUAGACGAUCCACAUCUCCGAGUCGUCAUUAUCGACUUUAACGUUUCUAAUGUCAUCCGCCUUAGCAACGCUUCCUGCCACGCUUCGGACGAUCCCAGCCCUGUAUCACUACAAAGAAAAUGGCCAGGUAAACUCCUUGGUCCAGUAACGAGGUUUUGGAAUGCGAUGGAGGAGUUUGAGGCUCGAGACUGGGUGAACGAUGAAGAUGGGAAGGCGAACGAGUGGUUAUGGGAAUGCUUUGGGCAGAGGGAGGAGUAUGUACCGCUUGUCAGAGACAGAGAAGAGAGUGAACUGUGUCCAAGGAUUGCUUGGCGUAGUGAGCUUGAGGAUCACGAGAACGACGAAGAUGAAACUGUUGCAGGUACCGUGAGGAGCUUGGAUACAUGGGGUGACGGAGAUGGUGAGAUCGUCUUCCGGGGGCGAGGCUGUAAAAGUUAGGUGAGCUCUUGAUCACCACCUAGCACAUACCACGGAAUGUCCACUGGGCUGGGGCCCGGAAAACUGGAAGACGUUCUCGAAACCGAGCCUUUGUCUCUCACAUCGACUUGUUAAAGGCCGAGCUGUUGGCGAUGAUUUGAAAACAUUGACCAUCACAGCGGUGGUUCGCACUCGCUACGACUAUGGAGCACAAUUCAUAGUCAUGAACAAUGACAUGGUUGCCAAGACAUAUGAUCCGCUUUAUCAGAACGAAGGGCAUGAGUACAGCCUCAAAGACGUUGUGUUUGAUGCAUACUUUGACUACAGCCGCAAGGCUGCUGCCUGUCACAUAUUGCAAAAGGCGUCAGCGGUACAGCAAGCCACACCUAAAUCAUGUUGACAGUAACGAUAAACCU